CUGACACAGAAACCUGCUACCCUCUGAAGUGCCGCCAAUCACCAAGCCCAUCUCAUGGAUUGGCACGAACAUCGACCAAUCGACAGUAUUAGCCCCGCCCUCUACGCAAGAAAGGCACGAUACCUGUUGCUGUUGAGAUGGAGCAGCACACUAGUAAUCCGACUAAUGACAAAGCCAAAGAGGAAGAUAAUGAUGCUGUGUGUCUUUGUCCAGCAAAACCCUCCCCCAGUUAUAUUAAUCUUCAAGCAAAUUCCCUGCCAGCCACUUUCUUGAACAUCCAGACAACAAAACUGCCUUCAGGAGCUGGCCAGAAGCCGAAGGAAUGCCUAGGACUCCUAGAAUGUAUGUCUGCCAACCUCCAGCUUCAGACCCAGCUUGCCCAACAACAGAUGGCUAUUUUAGAAAACUUGGAAGCAUCCCUAUCACAACUGGGUCCCGGGAGGGAAAGCAACAAUGGUUCUUUCCCAGCCUUAUGUUAUAAUCUGUUGUUAAAUCACCUGCCCCAGUUCCAUAAAUGAACUGUGGAACACA